AGCUAUAAAUUAACGGUACAAAUCUCAACUUCUAGAGUGAGAAAGAAGAGAGAGAAUGGCGAGUCUCUUCACCCUCUCUUCAUCUUCAACCUCAACCUCUGCUUUUCUAUCCCCUGUAAAAACCAUAAAACACUUCUCUUCCUUAAAACCCAAAACAACCCUCCAUUUCAAAAGACCACUCUCUGUCAAUUCAAUUCUUCCACCUGAAUCUGACCCACCUCCCCCGGCGGUCCAGAUUUUCUGGCAGUGGCUUCGUGACGAAGGAGUUGUAUCUGCCAAGUCUCCGGCGAAGCCCGGUACAGUCCCGGAAGGUCUGGGACUAGUUGCUCAGAGAGAUAUAGCUCGAAAUGAGGUCGUUUUGGAGAUACCCAAGAGGUUCUGGAUAAACCCAGAUACAGUCUCAGCUUCAGAGAUUGGGAAAGUGUGUGGUGGGUUGAAACCUUGGAUCUCUGUUGCUCUAUUUCUCAUCAGAGAGAAGUCGAUAAACAACUCGCAGUGGCGAAAUUACAUUGACAUUCUCCCAGAGCACACGGAUUCAACCAUAUAUUGGUCAGAAGAGGAACUUUCCGAGAUUCAAGGAACCCAACUAUUGAGCACAACAUUGGGUGUGAUAGAAUAUGUACAGAGUGAAUUUCAGAAAGUGGAAGAGGAAGUCAUACUCCCAAAUAAGCAGCUUUUCCCUUUUCCUAUAACAUUGGAGGACUUCCUCUGGGCAUUUGGGAUACUGAGGUCAAGGGCAUUUUCUCGCCUUCGUGGUCAAAAUCUUGUUUUGAUACCUCUUGCAGACUUGAUAAACCAUAGCCAGAGCAUAACAACCGAAGAUUAUGCUUGGGAGAUUAAAGGAGCAGGUCUUUUCUCUAGGGAUUUAUUAUUUUCUUUACGGAGCCCAGUUUCAGUCAAGGCUGGUGAGCAGGUUUUGAUCCAAUAUGAUUUGAAUAAGAGCAAUGCCGAGUUGGCUCUGGACUAUGGAUUCAUAGAAUCAAGGUCAGAUCGCAACGCAUAUACCCUCACACUAAAUAUAUCCGAGUUAGACCCAUUUUUCGGUGACAAACUGGACAUAGCUGAGUCAAAUGGUCUGGGUGAAACUGCAUACUUUGACAUAAUUUUGGGCCAGCCACUUCCUCGAGCAAUGCUUCCGUAUCUGCGGCUGGUAGCACUUGGGGGAACCGAUGCUUUCCUCUUAGAAGCUCUUUUUAGAAACGUUGUUUGGGGCCACCUUGAAGUACCUGUUAGUCAUGCCAAUGAGGAGCUCAUAUGCAAAGUGGUACGAAGUGCCUGCAAAUCUGCUCUUUCUGCUUAUCAUACAACCAUAGAAGAGGAUGAGAAGUUGAAGGAAGGAGGGAAUCUUGAUCCUAGACUUGAAAUUGCAGUUGGGAUAAGAGCUGGGGAGAAGAAGGUGUUGCAACAAAUUGAUGAGAUUUUCAACGAGAGGGAGUUGGAAUUGGAUGAGUUGGAAUAUUAUCAAGAAAGGCGGCUCAAGGACCUUGGUCUGGUUGGGGAACAAGGUGAUAUAAUCUUCUGGGAGCCCAAGUAGGAAUUUAGUGAUUGUCUUACACGCAAUUGCGAGUAUGUACCCAAGUUUAAGGGCAACUUCAUCAGCUGUUGGCAAAAUGAAGAUGAUUUUUUCAGUGAUUCUACAAGGUUUGGAGAAGAUAGUUGAUGUGAUAAACGCAGUAAUCAUGUUACAAGUAGGUUCAAAUUACAGUCUAUCCGCGCAGCUUCUUUUCUGUUGCCAAGAUUUUCCAUUGCUAGUCUUGUUAGCUCCAGGAAUUGUACCUGCACCUACACUUUUCCAGUAACUGUUGAGUGUCAUGACCAGCAAUAAUUCCCUUGCAUUAUCCAAAAGAUUUUUGAAUUCUGUGACCUUAAAUUGCUUGUAGGUUCUAUUUGUUGAGGAAAAGGAAACGAGGCAUUUAUUGUUCCAGAUCUUCAAUUACUCAGAUGCAUUUUAAGGAUGAUACUUGAAUGAGCUCAAAACAUUUGCUGGAAUAAUAAGAGUACACACCACUUGUUUGUUUUUAGUUUAA